AUGCCCAACGAAUUGGGUCAAGUCUCAUUUGAGGUCAGAAAUCUCAACUGCACUUCUGACCUUUGGUACAAUUUGGGAGGAGGAACUGCCUGUUAUUUAAUUGAAUAUAGGGACGAAGAUGAUGAUUUGAGAUCGCUCAUCAAGUCGAAGUUUUCAUCAGAAUCUGAUGACUUUCUCGGUCAGGUGAUCAUUGAGGCCUGUACUUUGGUUGGAGAAACUGAGCUGUGGUACUCACUUGCUGUAACUGCCAGUAUGUCGAAAUCGGAUGAAAAAUAUUCGACUCCGGCCCCUCAAAAAAUCCGACUCAGGAGCCAAAUAAAAAAAUCCGACUCCUACUCGGCCACUAAAAAAUAUCUUACUUCGGCCAAAAUCUUUGACUCCGACAGACUCCAACUCCGACACUCUGAGAAGCGAACUGAUAGGUCUGCAGUUUCAGGUGCCAUCCGUCUCAAAAUAUCGGUUGAGAUCAAAGGUGAAGAGAAGGUUGCCCCGUACCACGUGCAAUACAACUGCCUUCAUGAGAACCUCUUCCAAUACCUCCUGGACAACAACGGCACAUAUUUUAGGUUGCCCACUCCUAAGAAAUCAGAUGAUUGGAAGGUUUAUUUCGACGCACGAUCUCAGGAAAUAGUUGAUGAGUUUGCGAUGAGAUAUGGAAUCGAAUCAAUUUAUCAGACCAUGCUGCAGUUCUCCUGCUUGUUUCCACUAUGCAAGAAGCCAAACAUCGCUGCAGUGCUGAAUAGUUUGCUAACAAACAUUAUUUCAUUCUACGCUCACAACUCUUCAACAAACUCCAUAACAGCAAGUGACAGAUUGAAUUCAUCCAAUUUUGGAACGACAUUCUCGUCUCAAGACGAAGAUAGGUUGGAAGAUCUGAGGUCAUCUAUCAAAUUAUUAAUCAGCAUUUCAAAUUUCAGAACCAAGGUGCAAGAAUUAUCCAGCCCACUGAAAGUAUCCGUCAUAAUAUCGGACUGCGUGAAAGCCUGCAUCACUUCAUCUUAUCAACACAUAUUCAACAACUGUAUCGAGUUGUACGCCAAGGAAUUUGAAUCCGACUCAACGAAUGCUGACCACGGUCACAACAACAGCACCCAAGAACAACAACAAAAACAACAACAACAGACUGAUGAAGGUCCAGGAUGUACGAAGCAUUUAUCAUUCUGGAUGAAAUUGAUAAUGUUGAUGAUAUUGACGAUCGAUGAGGAUAUCAACGUCUACUCCAAUGUCUUUGAUCAAUUUUUUGACGACUUGAACGUUGGCAACAUCAGCGCAGUUACUCAGUGGCAACUCUUCUGCCAAGAUCUCAAGUUCCUUCUUGAAGAUCAUUGCAAGGAGACACAUUGUGCCACGUCCGAUUAUGUGAACUUGCACAACAGGGUCAACAGCUUCUACGACAAAUUCAUCGCAGUACUGCCGGCGUCCUCUCACUUUGAAUGGUCCUCAAGGAAUGCCAAAAAUAACGAAAUUGAUGGGGAAGUUGAUGAGAACGAAGAUACGUCAACAAUGCCUUCCUUUCCUUUAUGGUUUGAACAUUUCAUUCAAAAGUGGUUUAAAGAAAAUGACGAUGCCUCAGUUGCUCUUGCUAAAAACGCUUAUUUGAGAGAUAAAAAAGAAAAAUUUCCUAAAGCAUCUCCUCCUGUCCUCUUUUCUUGUUCAGUGACGGACGUCUUCACGCAGCUGAACCAAUGUUACACAGUUGUGAGCACCCUCAUCAAACCGCAUGCCUCAACCGGACUCAGAUAUCUCAUGGCAUUUGCUUCUACAAUAGAAAAUGUUUUGAUGUCUUACUCCAGCAACUUGAAAGAGGAUUUCCCAUCUUUUUGCAACGAUAACAGCAUAAGUUGCAGAUUAAUGAACAACAUACAACAACUAAGAAUUGAACUUGAAAAGAUUUUCCUCAUCAUGGGUGGUGAUAAGAUGAAGGCGCAAGUUGUUUUAUUUUUGAACGGCGUUCAGCAAAAAUUGAGUUCGGUGUUGGAUCAGACAAUUGCCAUAUUUUGUAACAGAAUCAUUCGACUCACGUCUGCACAACAUUUUAUCAGUUUGACGCCAUUUGUUGCCGAGAAAGUAACGGAGAUGAGUCACUUGUUGGCAGCCGUUCAGGGACAAGGUCAAAUAUUAUUAUCACAACCGAGCCAGAAAAAUGCCAUCAUCAACGAAUCAAACAAGACACUCAGUCCUUUGAUUGAUUACUUAGAUGCAAAUCUUGCAAUAUUUGCCCAACUUUGUGAAAAAACGGUUCUUAAAAGGUUAUUAAAAGCGUUGUGGAGAGUUGUGAUGAGAAAGUUGGAAGUUCAAAUUGUUCUUCCUCCGGUGCAGUCCAACAAACAGUCGUUUCCUGAGCUACCAGUUGAUUUGCUGUCUCAGAUUCAACAAAAACAAACCAAACUAGUUAUAAACUUGUCUGAGAAACAGCGGAUGGUUUUAGAAAUGAUUUUAGACACAUUGAAACAAUUUUUCUGGGCUAAUAACAACGGCCUGAAAAAAUCUUUCCUGCAAAGAGAUUUGAGUUAUCAAACCCUUGUCAACGCUCUUUUCAUGUACACCCAAUCAACGGAUAUUUUGAUCAAAGCUUUCGUUGAGUCUCAAUCUUGCCAGGUUCCGGACAGAUUUCCAGACGACACUCCAAAUGAGAACUAUGGUAUGCUGUCCAUGCAGCUGGACUUCUUCACCCACCCUGCCACUGGCGACCACAAAAUCACAGUCAAAAUAGUGGCAGUGGCAGACAUUGUGUGGAACCAGAAAUCUUCCAAUAUUUUCCAGCCGUUCUUGAAGCUGCACAUGCUGGGACCAAACAUGGCUACUCGAAGAAGGGUCGAGUCGACCAAAGUGAAGAGUGGCCUUUUCCCAAAAUUUAACGAAUCGUUCACUUUUUUUUUAGAUAAUGAGUGUGAACUUGAGUUUUAUGAGCUGCACAUCUGUCUGAAGGAUUAUUGUUUUGCCAGAGAGGAUAGACUCAUCGGUGUGUCAGUUUAUCAAUUGAGAGAUAUAGUGGAUCAGCAGAGGACCAACUGUUCUUCCUGGCUCUGCUUUAAAAGAUCCGUGUACGUGGACGAGAUCGGCUACAUGAUCCUCAGAGUUCUCUCGCAAAGGACCAAUGAUCAAAUCGCAAAAGAAUUUUUUAAAUUAAAAACGGAAGUCCGAUAUUCAUGA